UCACGUGCUGACGAAGCUUAAACUUCUAGAUUUAGAUUCGGGGAUUUUUGAGCUUCAAUUUCAACGACAAUAUCAACAGAUUGAGAUAUUUUAAUACUGCAAAUAUGCCAAAAUGUAAGUUUUCAUGUUGUCGCGACUUAGUGAUAUAUGCUAACUAAUGUCACAGUCUUCUGUAAGUACAAAAUCCACGCGCCGCGAUACUUGCGACAUUCGAGCUUUAAUUCCUUCUUUGCGAAACAGCUUGUUAACACAUCUCCAAAGGUGAUUACUGCGAUGUCUACCUCACUCAUGACUCAAUGAGUGUGCGCAAAGCUCAUAACAGUGGACGUAACCAUUUGCGCAAUGUCGUCGAUUAUUAUCAACGUAUGUUUCUCUUGCCCACUAUCCCAUACUCAAACUAUAAACAAACUAACCCGUCACCCGACUCCAGAAAUCGGCCACGAAAAAGCCCAAUCCGUAAUCGAUUCUAUAACAUCCUCUUACGCGGCCGAAGGUCAAUCAUCCUCAAACCCUAUGCUCCACAAUCCUGCAGCCUCAACACCUUUUCCACCAUUUCCCCCAGCCAACUUUCCCGGAGGCGUUCCACCACCUUUCCCUCCAGCGUCCGGUCCAGGCGGUAUGCCAUUUCCUCCACCAGGCGCAAGAGGUUUCCCUAUGCCUCCUUUACCUGGACAACCUGGUGCGCCACCUAUGCCACCAUUCCCGGGUAUGCCCGCUGGAAUGCCAUUUCCUCCUCCUGGCGGCUUACCACCUAAUUUUCAAUUCCCAAUUCCUCCACCAGGAGGUUUUCCAGGAAUGCCGCCUCCUGGACAAGGAUUUCCUGGUAUGCCUCCACCAGGGGGUAAUCAUGAUGAGAGGAGAUAGUGGGAUAAUGGUAUAGAAGGGGAGAAUUGAGAAUGGGAGAUGAUAUGACUUUGGCGUUCAGGACUGAAUUACUGGCACGUACCUUAUUGAAGGUAUAUAUCUAUGGACAAUCGAUUCCUGUCCAAAGGACGGCAGAAUGAAAAUAUGGAUUAGAUUGAUGUAGUUACUAGAUGGUAUUCUGGGAGUGUUAUCAAAGCUAUUGAUGCAAUGCAGAUUGUUAAACAGCGUAGCUCUGGGAAAACACUGGAGUUGGGAGAAAUUGUAUCAUUAUGAUUGCAAAUAUAUUGCAUGAAAAAAACAAGCGAAAGAAUGAA